AUGCCAGAUCAUUCCGUGGCCACAGAUCAAGAGGAUGUAUUGGUUGAUACAUUUUUCCAACGAGUGCAUCCUCGAUAUCCACUUCUUGAUGAAGUUUCCUUUCAGAAUAUAUUUCGUGAGACAACCCGGGAUGAAGAUCACAAUGCGCCCAGUCUAUUCUUACUGUAUAUGGUCUAUGCUAUUGCUGCGAGGACCAUCCAGCUACACCCUGAGAUGCGCCGAUGCACAACCCCAGAGGCAUACUUCACACGUGCACUCCGCCACAUUGACUCUGCUCUAGCGAGCCAGAGCCUGAAACGAAUUCAAGCCCUUCUGUUAAUUGCCAUUUACCUUCUCCGCACCCCGAGCAAUGUGUCAAACCUUGGAAGCUGGCACAUUAUUGGGCUUGCCAUAAGACACGCGGUUGAGAUGGGUCUCCACCGCAAUCUUCGUGAUUCUCGGGCAAGACAAAUGAAUCCAGAAGACCUCAACCUGCGCAACCGUGUCUUUUGGAGCGCGUACAUUUUGGAUCGAGCGGUCUCAUUGACCCUUGGCAGGCCAUUCGCCUUGGCAGAACAUGAGGUUGACGUUCCGGUACACGACUCGAGAAAAUAUCAAUCAUUCGUCCAUAUGUGCCACCUGCGACGGCUAGAAAGCCGCAUUCACCGUGAAAUAUUUGGUGCUGACGUGCAUGUGGCCUCUGACGAGAAGAUUGACUAUUUCCGGUAUGAGUUGGAAGCCUGGCGACUCGCUGUCCCGGUCCCAAUAGAUCCUUCCUCUAAUCUUCCUGGCUACUCAAUAUACGAUACAAGGGAAUUCUUCGAUAUUCAAUACAGCAAAGCACUACGUAUGCUUCUCCAACGACGCAUCACUAUGGCAAAGACAGAUCCAGAGGGAGACGCUUCGAAAACGGCAGAAUAUCUCACACUGAGUGCUCGGGCCGCUGGGGACAUCUGCCAACAUUACAAAGUGCUGCACCAGCGAAGCCCUUUGGGGUGGAACCUCCUGGCGCUACACUCUAUCUUCACAGCCGGCUUGACACUCCUAUAUUCCACUUGGACUAGGAAGGAGAGGCCGGACCUCGUCGCAUUGGAAGACAUCCGAGCCUGUUCAAGUGUCCUGUUUGCUAUCUCAGAGCAAUGGCCGUCGACAAAACGGUUCAGGGACAUUUUCGAAACCCUGACGCGGGAGAUGAUGGAUAUUUUGAAACGCAGCCAAUCCCAGAAUUGGAACGGGUUGUUUCCUGUCGAUGCGAAUUCGUUUGGGGGUGAGAGCUUUUGGUCGAUUUUUGAUGAUUUAGUGGAGGACGAUUACAUUCGCGAUCAGUUUGGAUUUGAGGAAAUGAUGGAUUAA